AUCACCCCAGCCAUCACCAUCUGAGUAUCACUCUCACUGCCACCAUGCUGGCCUCUGGGCUGCUUCUGGUGACCUUGCUGGCCUGCCUGACUGUGAUGGUAUUGCUGUCUGUCUGGCGGCAGAGGAAGAUCUGGGGGAAGCUGCCUCCAGGACCUACCCCAUUGCCCUUCCUUGGGAACUACCUGCAGCUGAACACAGAGCAGAUGUACAACUCCCUCAUGAAGAUCAGCGAGCGCUAUGGCCCCGUGUUCACCAUUCACCUGGGGCGCCGGCGGGUCGUGGUGCUGUGCGGGUAUGAUGCUGUAAAGGAGGCCCUGGUGGACCAGGCUGAGGAAUUCAGCGGGCGAGGCGAGCAGGCCACCUUUGACUGGCUCUUCAAAGGCUAUGGCGUGGCGUUCAGCAACGGUGAGCGUGCCAAGCAGCUGCGGCGCUUCUCCAUCACCACGCUGCGGGACUUCGGCGUGGGCAAGCGCGGCAUCGAGGAGCGCAUCCAGGAGGAGGCGGGCUUCCUCAUUGAGGCAUUCAGGGGCACGCGCGGCGCCAUCAUCGAUCCCACCUUUUUCCUGAGCCGAACAGUCUGCAAUGUCAUCAGCUCCAUUGUCUUUGGGGACCGCUUUGAUUAUGAGAACAAGGAAUUCCUGUCACUGCUGCGUAUGAUGCUGGGCAGCUUUCAGUUCACAGCUACGUCCACGGGACAGCUCUAUGAGAUGUUCUAUUCAGUGAUGAAACACCUGCCAGGACCACAGCAACAGGCCUUUAAGGAGCUGCAAGGACUGGAAGACUUCAUAGCCAAGAAGGUGGAGCACAACCAGCGCACACUGGAUCCCAACUCCCCACGGGACUUCAUCGACUCCUUUCUCAUCCGCAUGCAGCAGGAGCAGAAGAACCCCAACACGGAGUUCUACAUGAAGAACCUGGUGCUGACCACGCUGAACCUCUUCUUCGCGGGCACCGAGACCGUCAGCACGACCCUGCGCUAUGGCUUCCUGCUGCUCAUGAAACACCCAGAUGUGGAGGCCAAGGUCCAUGAGGAGAUUGACCGGGUGAUUGGCAAGAACCGGCAGCCCAAGUUUGAGGAUCGGGCCCAAAUGCCCUACACCGAGGCAGUGAUCCAUGAGAUCCAAAGAUUUGGAGACAUGAUCCCCAUGGGCGUGGCUCGCAGGGUGACCAAGGACACCAAGUUUAGAGAUUUCUUCCUUCCCAAGGGCAUCGAAGUUUUCCCUAUGCUGGGCUCUGUGCUCAGAGACCCCAAGUUCUUCUCCAAACCCCGAGAUUUUAAUCCCCAGCACUUCCUGGAUGAGAAAGGGCAGUUUAAGAAGAGUGAUGCUUUUGUGCCCUUCUCCAUUGGAAAGCGGUACUGUUUUGGAGAAGGCCUGGCUAGAAUGGAGCUCUUUCUGUUCCUCACCACCAUCAUGCAGAACUUCCGCUUCAAGUCCCCGCAGUCGCCUCAGGACAUCGACGUGUCCCCCAAGCAUGUGGGCUUUGCUACAAUCCCACGAAACUACAGCAUGAGUUUCCUGCCUCGCUGAGCGAGGGCUGUGUGGGCGCAGGGCUCAUGGACGGGGCGAACGGGGAGGGGUGGAGCAUAGGCAGGGCUGGCGGGAGGGGUGGGGUUAAGGAAAGAGGGCUGGGGAAAGGAGGGUAAGGCGGGCGGGGGGGCGGGGAGGAGGAGGAGAAACAGAGCUUAGCUCACCCUGAUAGAUACUUGGCUUUAUUAAAAUUAAAAACUUCUGCUCUGCAAAUAACAUUGUCAGGAGAAUGAAAAUACAAGCCAGGGACCAGUAGAAAAUAUUUGCAGUGCACAUAUCUGAUAAAGGACUCGUAUUGCAACUAUACAAAGAACAGUUUAAACUCAACAAUAGAAAACUAACAACCCAAUUUAUUAAAUAACAAUGGACAAAAGAUAUAUGAACAUACACUUCACCAAAGAAAUACUCAUAGCAGUCAAACAUAUGAAAAGAUGCUCUACAUCGUAUGUUGCAAGAAAUUUCAAGUUAAAACAACGGGAUAGCACUGCACACACCUGUUAGAAUGGCUAAAAUCCAAAACACUGACAAAAACCAAUGCUGACCACGAGGUGGAGCAACAGGGAUGCUCAUUCAUUUGUGGUUCGCAUGCAAAAUGGUAUAGCCACUUUGGAAGACGUAUUGGCAAUUUCUUACAAAGCUAAACAUAGGUUUUUUGGCCAAUGAGCCAGCAAUUAUGCUCUUUGGUAGUAACCCAAAUGAACUGAAAACUUAUAUCCUCACAAAAACCUGCAUGCAUAUGCUUGCAGCAGCUUUAUUCAUAAUUGCCAAAACUUGGAAGCAAAAAGGAUGUCCUUGAACAGAUGAAUUGAUAAACUGUGAUACAUCCAUACAAUGGAAUAUACUGGAAUGGUGGAUGCGUGAUAUUAUGCCUUUUUCAAGACCCAUAGAACUGUACAACCCCAAAAGUAAACCCUAAUGUAAGCUAUAGACUUUAGUUCAUACUGAUAUAUCAGGCUGGUCAUAGUGGCUCAUGCCUGUCAUCCUAGGACGUUGGGAGGCUGACUUGGGAGGAUGGCUUGAGGCCAAGAGUUUGAGAC